GUAGUAGGGACUGAUCUGAUUGAUGAUCGUCGGCCACCAUAUAAACGCGACAUUAUGGGGUAUAGUCACACCUUUCAUUCCGCGCACUACGCCCAUGUCCUCCACUCUGCACGUCCCGGGGAGGGACAACUUGAUUCAAGACCUCCCUGGAUACACCACACCCGUGUUCGCAGGCAAAAAUGCUCAACAGGAGCUCGUCCAACGAGAAGUCGCGAGCAAGGGUUUCAUCCCCAGCGCGCUGCUCGAAGGAGAGGUCUCGUGGUUCUACUCCCAACUCGGCAUCGACGACACCUACUUCGCGAGCGAGAACCCGGCCGUCAUCUCAAACCACAUCAUUGCGCUGUAUGCGGCCAAGAUCCAAGCAUUCACGAAGCACGACGUGAACAGUCUCGUCAUCGAGCUCGAGCGCGUUGCCGAGGAUGGGAGUGGCGCGACGUUUAUCCAUACGAGCCCACCAGGUGUGACGAGUACCGAAGGCCCAGGAUCGACGUGCGAGACCCGGAUCGAUGACCUCUUCCUGGACACGAACACACCUUACCGACUCGAGACGUACCGCUCGCUCGGAUCGGUCAGCGCCAAAACAGCGCAACAACUCCGGUGCUACUUCGUCACCAAGUGCCAUUUCCCUCCUCUGCCAAGCGAGGACUCAGACGACAUCCGGCUUUACAGCGACCCCGUGUUCCUCGAGAAAGCCAGCGAGAACACACUCCAGAUCUAUGGAAACGCGAUGCGCACUGUGCGUGCGCGUGGCUAUGGUCCGGUCCUCAGCGCCUAUCAGGUUGAGGGUACUCGUCAACAACGGCUGGUCAUCGCCUACGACUCGCGCAAAUCCAAGACGCGCCACUUUUUCUCGGCGCUGUCGAACCUGUACCACUUCUAUUCCCUCUACUCGGCGCGCAAAUACGUGGAGCAGUUCUCGAACGGAGUCACCAUCAUCUCACUGUAUCUUAACCCCCUCUCUGGCAGCCACGGUGCCCCUCCCAUCGAGCACUCCAUCUUCCAGGUCGUGAAAGAGGCGAGUUUGCUCUUCUGUCUGCCAGACAACCCAUUCUUCCUGCCCAAGUCCCCGGGAAGCCAUGCUGUGCAGGAGGCGACGUAUGCAUACUGUGGCUGGAUCUUCGCACAGCACUUUUGCAAUCGCCUCGGUCCCGCGUAUCUCUCUCUGCGCAAUGUCUUGAACGAGUCCGAUCCAGCGCACGCUGAGGUACUGAACGACAUCAAGCGCCGGUUCCGCGAAGAGACGUUCACGCGUGAGAGCAUUGCGGACAUUAUCGCAGCGUACCCCGAGUUGAUCCGGCUUCUCUACGUUAACUUUGCGAUGACGCAUUAUCCGACUUCGGCCGCGGACGGAUUGAACGAUCUCAUGCCCACGCUUUCAUAUCAGCGCUUGCAGACUGUGCAGCCGCUGAGCGACGAAGAGCUGGUCGACAAGAUCCGCCGAAGUGUGCAGAACAAGCAAGACGUACAGGUCUUGGAGAGUUUCUUGGUGUUCAACAAACACGUUCUCAAGACCAACUUUUAUCAACCCACCAAAGUGGCUCUAUCUUUCCGGCUUGCACCAGACUUCUUGCCCGAGGUAGAGUACCCCAGGAAGCCGUUCGGGAUGUUCUUCGUUAUCGGUAACGAGUUCCGCGGUUUCCAUCUACGAUUCCGGGAUGUCGCUCGCGGCGGUAUCCGAAUCGUCAUGUCUCGAAACAAAGAAAAUUACUCGAUCAAUCAGCGUCAGCUCUUUGACGAGAACUACGGGCUGGCAUCGACCCAGUCGCUCAAAAACAAGGACAUUCCAGAGGGUGGCGCGAAGGGCACUAUUCUGCCUUCCCUCGGUGCUGCUCCUCGGGCCUGUUUUGAGAAGUAUGUGGAUUCGAUCAUCGAUCUGCUCAUCCCCGGCCGCUCUCCUGGAAUCAAGGAGCCGCUGAUCGACUUGUACGGCAAGCCAGAGCUGCUCUUCUUCGGUCCUGACGAGGGAACAGCAGACAUGAUGGACUGGGCUGCAAUCCACGCACGUGAUCGUGGAGCGGAGACUUGGUGGAAAUCGUUCACUACCGGCAAGAGCGCAGAGACGCUGGGCGGAGUUCCUCACGAUCGUUAUGGGAUGACGUCUUUGUCGAUCCGGCAAUUUGUGCUUGGGCUGUACAAGCAGCUUGGUUUGAAGGAGAAGGAUAUCAGCAAGGUGCAGACCGGUGGACCAGAUGGUGAUCUGGGAUCCAAUGAGAUUCUACUCAGCUCCGACAAAACUGUAGCUGUGAUUGACGGCAGUGGUGUCUUGGCGGACCCUGCUGGAUUGAAUCGUGAAGAGCUCAUCCGACUGGCCAAACUUCGGGUUCCGGUGGGCAACUUCGACAAAAGCAAACUGAGCAGCGAGGGAUACUUGGUCAAGGUGGACGAGCACGACAUUCGGCUUCCUUCCGGCGAACUUGUCGUCGAUGGCACAGAUUUCCGCAACAGUGCCCACCUGCGGUUCAAGGCUGACCUGUUUGUUCCCUGCGGUGGACGCCCAGAAGCUGUCAACAUCUCGAACAUGGCGGCUCUGAUCGACACGGAGGGCAAGCCGCACUUCAAGUACAUCGUCGAAGGCGCGAAUCUGUUCAUCACUCAGCAAGCCCGGAUGUUCUUGGAGAAGCGGAAGAUCAUCUUGUUCAAGGAUUCGAGCACCAACAAGGGUGGAGUGACGAGUUCAUCGCUCGAAGUGCUUGCUGGAUUGGCGCUCUCUACGGACGAAUACGUCGAACUGAUGAUCUUCAAAAACGGCCAGCCGAGUCCAUUCUACCAAAGUUACGUCAAGGAUGUCCAGCAAAAGAUUACCGAGAAUGCAGCCGCCGAGUUCCAGUGCAUCUGGCGCGAGCACGCGCGCUUGAGUGGUGCCAAGACGCGGACGGCGAUCUCGGACGAGCUGAGCUCGACCCUGAACAACCUCCAGGCUGAACUGGAAGGGUCAGAUCUGUUCGACGACGGACCCAGUCGGGAGGGUGUUUUGAGGCGCGCGAUUCCCAAGACACUCGUGGACAAGAUUGGGCUGGAAGUCGUGCUAAAACGUCUCCCGGAGGCGUACCAGCGCGCGUUGUUCUCCAGUUGGGUUGCAUCCCAUUUUAUCUACAAGUACGGUGUGAAUGGCUCGAGUGUGGACUUCUUCCAUUUCGCGCGCGAUUUGGCUAUCAAGAAGUAGUUGAACGGACUCACAAGGACUAAGAAGUAACAUAAAAUUGUAACUCUAUAAUCAUAACAUGCACUGAACGAGCGCGAGAAAGUGUACAAAGUAUAAGUACAUAUACAAGCA